AUGGAUCUGUCAUCGCCGACUAAUCCAGAUGUCCACAAGCAAAUCGCUUCCAUCUUCAAGGAUCUGAAUGUGUCGUCGCCGAAUAAUCCAAACAUUCACAAGCCCACAACCUACAAAGCACUAAUCACACGUUCAGACGCCCAACCGCACGUACGGGGGGUUCAUCACACUAUAUCCACAGAGAAAGCAGCCCUAAACCAUGACACAACCAAAUCCCAAGACACAAGAUACAAGAUACAAAGAAACUUCAGAAUGGAGCACCAACAACCUCUCCCGUUGCUCUCCAAAGCAAAAGAUGAUGAGAAAGACAUCGAUACCCUUCCCCUGGAUGAGAAAGUCAUCGACACGCUUCCCCUGGAUAAUGAUGACCUCCAAUCUCACCUUUCUGCGCCGCAGGAACAUCUUCAAGCACCGGGAACUGAAGCUGCCCCGGCAGGUGCGCCGGAUGUAUCUGAGGUUCUUCAGGUCCUUCCACAUCAACAGGACGAAGAGCAAGGAGUUGAAGUGAUGGACAUAGAUGAUGGAGCUCUUCCUCUUAUUCCACCCGAAUGGGAUGAAAUGGCGCAGUUCAUGAGCCCCGACCUCGAUGCCCCCGACCCCGACGCCGAUCAAUUUGAGACCCGGCCAUUGGAUAUCGAGACCAUUAGGAGAAUCAGGGCCCGGGCCAUCGAAUCAAACCCCACGGGAGAGGCAGGGCGCAGCAGCCUUGAGCAUAGGUUUUCGCAAGCAAUGCAAGACAUCUGGGAGGCUAUGGAUUGGCCGGGACUAGGCGAGGCGGAGGACGAUGAAAGCGACAUACCAGGGAGGGAUAUCAUCGAACUGUGGAUUGAAAAAUGCACGGGCAGUGGAUGUUGCGGAUUCGUGGAAGCUGAAGAGUUUGUUCCAGGCGUCGAGGAGGAGCGAGCUUGGGAUGCUGAGAACGGAUAUGGUCGGCGAGCCUGGGAGGGCGAUCUUGGAGAUGUUCCUUCCAUUAAUUUCAAAUAA